AUGGCAUGUAUGGUGAACCCCAAAAAGAACUACGUGGACUUAGACAUAUACCAGAGCUCGUACAUGGUCGACUAUAAGCCCUUCACGAAGCACAAAUACUCCAGAGUCACGCCACAAGAGCAGGCCAAACUUGACACUCAGCUCCGAAGCAAAGAGUUUUACCGGCCCAUGCCCAACCCCAACCCCAAGUUGGAGGAUGGGUACCCUGCCUUCAAAAGACCCUACAUGACCGCAAGAGACUUGGGAGUCCCUGGCUUCUUCCCACCACAGGCGCCCGUCACCCCUGUGAAGAACGAGAGCAGGUUCACCAGCACCUGCCAUGUUGCAUACCCAGCUUCCCUGGCUCUGUACAUGGCCCAGUUUGAGCCCCACCGGCUUCAUCAGAGAACAGACUUCCCGUGCCUCAUGGAGCCUGAGCUGCAGCCUGCUCCAGACGUGGCCAAAGGCUAUCUUCUCCUCCCUGGCUGUUCCUGUCCUUCUCGUCAGAGAGUCAAGGUCCCCAUCUUGAACAGGUGGGGCCCCUUGAUGCCAUUUUACCAGUAG